AUGAAAAAAGCUGCAAAGAUUCCAUCACCCUACAAGUCAUUAUGGGAUAUCCCAAUUAAAGAUCUUAAAGGUACUGAAUAUCCAACCUUUUAGGAUUACUUUAAGACACAAAAUCCUCCUAAGCCUAUCCCCAAAUUUGCUAUGGUGAUAAAUGUAGCCUCAAAAUGUGGACUUACUCGUGGUCAUUAUACCUAACUUGUAGAAUUACAUAACCAAUUUAGAAAUCGAGGAUUUGAAGUGCUCGGAUUUCCCUGCAAUCAGUUUUUAUUCUAAGAGCCUGGAUCGCCUGAAGAUAUCGAGAAAUUUGCUUGUGAAAUUUACAAAGCUGAAUUUCCAUUAUUUGAGAAAUGUAAAGUAAAUGGUGAAGAUGCUCAUGAAGUCUUUAAAUUUUUAAAAGAAAAGGCCAAUUUAAACAGGAUAGAGUGGAACUUCGGUAAAUUUUUAGUAGAUUAAAAUGGCUAGCUGAUUAAAUAUGUUGGUUCAAGGACUGAGCCUAAUACCAUAAAAGGUGAGCUAGAGGAAUUGAUAAAUGCAAAAACUUUAUGA